CCGGGGCCCAUCGGCUGGACUAGAGACGUCUUGGGGCGGCGAGAAGGGAAAUUCCGCUCAAUCAACAUUUUGAGAACCGUUUACUAAGGUUUUCUCCACCUGUGACUGCUCCAUCUGUGACUCCCUCCAUCCGUCGUUUAGCCUGGUCUCGAUCCUGGUGUCCUCUGCUCCCCCUCUCGUCCUCUGUGUCCUUGCUGAUCUCCAGUCCCGGCGUUAGCCCAGCCUGCUCUCCUCUAGUGCUGGCAUGGCGGGGCGAGGAGGAACGACGCGGACCAACGGCACCACCGCCGCCGCCGCCAACAAGAUCUGCCAGUUCAAGCUGGUGCUGCUGGGAGAGUCGGCCGUUGGCAAGUCCAGCCUGGUACUGCGCUUCGUCAAGGGCCAGUUCCACGAGUACCAGGAGAGCACCAUUGGAGCCGCAUUCCUCACACAGACAGUCUGCCUGGAUGAUACAACAGUAAAGUUUGAGAUUUGGGACACAGCCGGACAAGAGAGAUACCACAGUCUGGCACCAAUGUACUACAGAGGAGCCCAGGCUGCCAUCGUAGUCUACGACAUCACUAACACAGAGACUUUCACCCGAGCAAAGAACUGGGUAAAGGAGCUCCAGAGACAGGCCAGCCCCAACAUAGUCAUCGCUCUGGCUGGGAACAAAGCCGACCUUGCUAACAAGAGGGCUGUGGAUUUCCAGGAAGCACAGGCGUACGCAGACGACAACAGCCUGCUGUUCAUGGAGACAUCCGCUAAGACCGCCAUGAAUGUCAACGAGAUCUUCAUGGCCAUCGCUAAGAAGCUUCCGAAGAAUGAGCUACAGGGAGGACCAGGUCCUGGGGCACGGGCUCGGGGCGGAGUCGACCUGCAGGAGGCGGCACCUCAGGGCAGAUCCGGCCAGUGCUGCGGAGGAGGAAACUAACCGUCCGUCCAGUCAUGUGGAGACCGUGGCCGAGGAUCAACACAGACCCAUUAUCAACCAACUCAUAGUCUGACAGUUAUGUCUAUUCACAGCCCAAGUGGAAAAUCUAGUCGGUUAGACUGUGGCGUCCAUCAGAUUCUGCUUCUGAACUGACCAAAGGGGCCGUUCACAGUUCACUUGUAAAUAUUUUGACCAAUUAUCCCUCCUACUCCUACCCCUAGGCAGAGCCACGACCACCUCUUUAACAGCUGUAUUUAAGAAGCAGCCACCUGUCAAAAAGAAAAAUAAAGAUAAAUUUGGGGAAUAAGGAGGGAAACUGAUCAAUUCUGUCGCACUUAACCAGAGCUGUGAGGUUCUUGUUCUAGUCUGUAUUCACACACACGUGCGCGCGCACACACACACCAAAUAAAUAAAUAAUCAACACUGCAGCUGGAGGGAAAACAGGCUUCCUUCUACUUUAUAUCCUCAACCUCUCUCUCUCUAUCUCUCUCUCUCUCUAUCUCUCUCUCCCCUCAGUGCGUUCUGAACUUUCACCUCCUCUCUCCGUCUCUGGGCACAGCACCUAACAAGUAUUGAAUUCUUCUUUCCUUCCUGAUCUUCUAAUUUCCAGUGAGAGGAGAAAGACACAUGGGAGUGAGAGGAUGUUUUCCCUUCAAGUGCAGCAUUUCUGUAGAUUCUGUAUUAUUCUUGGUUAUCAUUAUUAUUAUUAUUAUUAUUAUUAUUGUAAUUAUGAAUACCACUACUCCAGGUCUAAUGAAUAUAAACGAUAGAUUAGUUCCCCCUAAAAAUCAUUACCGUAGGAGAUCUUGAACUGUGAAUGCGUAACGCAUUAACAGCUAUAACACCAGUGUCUUUAAGCAUUAAUGAAAUGUGAUUUAUCAAAUCGUUCAAUCAAUCGUUCAAGCUGGUGUUUAAACUCGAAUAACGCAAGGCAAGGUUCGCUUCAUCUGACCAAAAUCAUGUGUGUGUAUAGAAAAAAAAACAAACAAACAAACAAAAAAAACCUGUUGCUGUAUUUGUACUUUGUAUUUUCUUUCUCUUUUUUUUUUCUUCUCCUGAAAAAGCAUAUCCAAUCAUUAUCCAUCGUCAAUACAAUACCUUCCCAAAACAGAUCAAUCAUCCAUAUAUUUUUUUUUUUCCUCUUUUCUUUUCGGUGAAAUGAUUUUUGUAACUAAGUUGUCUCUGAGUGCACUGGCUGUUUGACUGUCUUAUGA